GAGGCUUUUGUACAAUCAUCUUGUCUACUUUAAGUUAGAAAUGAAAUUUACAAAUACGCACAAAAAUAAUAUAUAUGAGCAAACGCGAAACGCUAACGAAAUUAACAGCAGAAUGGCGGGGGACGCUUCGGAUAUAUCGUCCAUGAGGUUUAUAACUGGCAGCUCCUUUGAGGGAUCCUGGAACGAUUCGGUGCAAAUGAUGGAUGGAUUUGGUAGCUAUCGUUAUCCGGAUGGCAGCGAGUAUCGAGGCAGAUUUAUGUGUGGCAAGUUCCAUGGCUUCGGCCACCUAAAGCUGGCCGCACCCUAUCGUUUCACAAUCAAGGGCGAAUUCCAGAGAGGCAAGCUGGUCAGUGUAGAGGAUAUGUGGUUCAGUGAUGGAUUGCACGUGAAGGGCAAGUUCGAGAAAGAUCAGUUUCUGAGCAGCGAUUGGGACUAUCUGACACCGGAAGAUCGUCGUUAUCAGGCUGAACGCUUCUAUGGCCAGCAGCCCGUGGGACCAACCGCCUAUUUAACAAAGAGUUUGCCACCAAGACGUGUGCCGGCUAAAUGCUUUGACACAGAGGAGGGGCUUUACAACGCUUCAUCUGGUUGGCUAUUCGAUAGACUGCCGCCGUUCAGAAAGGCCAUUUACCUUGGAUGUCCGCAAGAGAAGGAGUGGAUAAUGCGUCAUUGUCGUACCGAGCGCCUUGCGCAAAUCACCGAGCCAUCGCCUAGCUUUUGCAGGAAAAUCAUCAAGAACAAUCUGAGUACUGAGUCUGUACAAGUAAAAGACAUUGCCAUCUAUGCACCCAAUCACGAGAUCAAUCGUAAGCGCUACUUCCCUAAUGUGUGCCACGAGAAGGAACCAGUUGACACAGAUAAACCACGAUAUCAACGGCCAGCAUUCCAAGCGACAAAUAAAACUGAGCUUUGCCUACAGGAUCGGCUCUCCAAGGAGCAGGAGAAAGCUAAACAGUACGAAGAUAAGUGGAUAAAGAGUCGAAUCAGUGGAAAAAUGCGACCAAUGCCAAGAGAUCGCGUAUGGACCAGCAGCUCAGAGCUGCGAGGCGGUGACUCUGGCGUCUCGUGCACCAUCUCGAAGAGCAAAUCGGAUACUAAACUGAAAACAAAGGUGAUGGACUUCUACGAAUCUGCAAUGGCAAUGAUAGGCCUGAAAAAAUCCGAAAGCUUGUAUGUGGUUCAAUCUAACAUGAAGCGUUCGGCGAGCUUUGUGGAUAUUAAUCGAUCCAUGUUUGAGAUUUAACAUGAAGACAAGUCAAGUUAAGCUUCUAAGCAAAUUCCAGUAAAAAAAAAACAAUACUCAAAUAAUAUAAACAAAAAUGUUCUGUGAAGACUAGUUUCAGUUCAUUAAAUAUGC